CGUCUCAUUUUUCUGCAGUCCAGCUACAGGGACAGAGCUCACACCAGAACCUCACACCAUUCCUUCAGACCUCCAGCGGGUUGUAGCGGGACUCAUUCAGCUUUACAGCGUCACUGGUUUCGGACCUUAACCAGCUGGACCAGGGCGUCCCUGAUCAAUUGCAGAGUGAACUAAUAUCAGAGAAACUGGCCUGCUUCCCAGCUCAUUAUUACUUUUGGUACGCGCUAGGCCUGCCUCAAACUCGUACCGUGAGUAAUAAUGCACUGUGGCAGGCAUUAAGCUACCCUACACUACAGCUACAGCCCUGGAGUCCAGGAUAAGCAUAAGAGCAUCAUGAAGUCCAUCAGCCUGCAGUUCACCUGUGAUUUUUUUACUGUUUGCAUAUGUAAGCAUGUUUUUAAUGAAGGAGUGCAUGAAAUAACAUGAUAUGGGAGAAAUAGUUUCUGAUGUUGAGACAUAAGGAUUGUGGGUUUUCUGUUCAGUUUUGUUUGCAGGUGAGAGGUAAAGUGCAAGAUAGAGCUUCAUUUCAAUACAGAAUCAUAUAUUAUUAUUAUUAUUAUUAUUAUUAUUAUUAUUAUUAUUAUUAUUAUGUGACAGUGUCUAAAUAUUAAACGUUUCUGCCUACACACCUUUUUUCUUUCCUGAUUCAGGUACGUUUGUAUUUUAAUAAAUAUUUAAUCAUUAAUUAUUUGGAAUGUUUUAGAGUUAUUUCAUUCUGAAUUAUUCCUGCAUAUUUUUUUUAUAUGAAUUUAUUUGUUUUUUCUCUGUUAUUCUGUGGAUUAGUCUUAUUAUUACUGGGUUCUGCAUUGAUAAAAAAGAAAAUAUACAAAUAUACAACAAAUAACCUUACUAAUAUGUUCUUGCCUUUAAUUUGUGUUAUUUAUAUAUUUAACUAAAUGAAACUGAUCCCAGCAGCUUAUCAUUAAAACACAAUAAAUAUGCGAAAAAUGAACUGCAGGGAAAAUAAGAAAAACGCCCCUGCAUACUUAAUCCUCCCGCACUAAACAGUAUGCUGUGACAGUAAACAGCGCACUCUUUUGGAAUACUACUUAGUACGCUAGUAUGCAGUAUCCCGUACUAAGCGGUUAUGACGUCACUUGGUUACACCGUUGAUGGCAACCAGGAGAGAAAAUAAAGCCGCGCCGCUCUGCACUUUAAUUAGCGACUAAUUUAAGAAUAAACAUGGACGCUGAAUGUUUAGAUUCGGGGAUAAACAUGGACCAGAAGCAGCCGGAUAAAAACACCAACCUGAAAACAAGCGAGGUUUACAGGGUGAAUGAAAAUCUGCCGAAACGUUUCGACAAUCCUGACUGCUUUAAAGGUUACAGUAAGAAGGCGGUCCACCCACUGUACCAAACAACCAGCCAGACAUACGGCAGCAAAAAUCCUACAGUUCAUGAAAUGCCGACCUCCUUUUAUGGAAGUCGGCACCAGUUUUCAGACCACAUCCUGAAAAGUGGAACAUUUCGAGAUAACGGCUUCAACACGUCGCUGGAGAAAAGCCGAAUCACCAGGCCAAAUUCCGUCAAUGUGCGGCAAGACAGAAUCAUCUUCCAUCAUUUAUACCACACCGCAGGAAACGAUCGAACAGACACUAACACAAUUUGAGUCUCAUUGUUUUGGCCUGUGAUGAAUAAAAUGCAUUUUAAUGAAGUUAACGUGUAUACAAAACACACUUUAUUACAUCGGAUUGAUAGGCCGCACAGUGGAGGAAUGUGUAGCUCUGCUGCAUUACGGCUCUAGUAUUAUCCAGAGUAAUAGUAAAAAAUGAGCAUGUUUAGAAACAAUCCUUAAACGUCAGUUCCUCUCGGAGGUUUUGUUUUUCAGCCAGAAAUGCUUGAUUUUGCUCUGGCCUCAAAAUUUCCAGAGCAGCUUGGAGAUUUUUGAGCUUUUUGUUGGAAAACUACUUGAAUUGGUGAAUUUGUAAGCACAUGACUCUUACCAGUUAAGUCAUAUAUGAAAUAUUUCAUAUAAAAAUAUUUACUCAUGUACUCAUGUUUAACACACGUGAAUCGAAGAGGGUUUUGGCAGAAUGCGUGUUUUGAUGACGUUAUACAUCAUAUCUUGAAGCCUCCUGGUGGUCCAGCGGCAGGUUCCCAAGCUCUCAUUGCUGCGGCCCGGGUUCGAUUCCCGAGCAGGGAGCUAACCCAGCCACUGAAGAGUUAACUCUCAGUCCCAGUCCCAAGCCCGUGUUAAAUGGAGGGUUGCAUCAGGAAAGGCAUCCGGCAUAAAACCUGUGCCAAAUCGAAACAUGCGGACCAAAUGAUCCCCUGUGGUGACGCCAAAUAGGGAGCAGCUAAAAGAACAACAUACAAUGUAUCUUGAAAACAAUUCUGUGAAAGUUUGUGUUCAUUUCUGUUAUCCUGAAGCUAACUUAAAAGACCUAACAGUAUGUGUCUGAUUGCUACAUUUACAGCAUUUGGCAGACACCUUUAUCCAGAGCAACUUACAUUUAUCUCAUUUACACAACUCAGAGUUAAGGGCCUUGCUCAGGGGCCCAGCAGUAGCAGUGUGGUGGUCCUGGGAUUCAAUCUCAAAACCAUCUGAUCAGUAGUUCAGCACCUUAACCACUAAGCUACAACUUCUUGAGCUUUUUGACCACUCUACUCACUGUUAAUGCCCAAGGAAAGCUAUAGAAUAGCAAUUCAAUUAAUUCAACAUGGGAUUUUUUAAAAACCCAAAAACACUUGGUAUUAAGUGAUUGCUUUCAGCUUCAAACUGAACUCUUACUGAUGCUUAAUCAAAGGCAGGAGGAUCUACAGUGAAGUCAUAUAGCUAAAAGAACUGUGUUAAUAUUGAUUUCUGGACAAAUGUAUGUCGUGUGCUAUCUAAUCAAAAGUGAGGCCUUUUUCAAUGAAUUUUUUCCACUUAAAAUAGACUUACUUUCCACAAUUGGCACAAACACACUGAACUGCUUGGCUCUCAUUAUAGAUUUGUCAUUAAAACAGGCUUAAAAUAUUAGCCAUAGUGUACGUCGUGUAUUCUUACUUACAACCAGUACUUGUGCUCUUGUACUUUACUUUAAACCAUCCAAUCUAAACC